AUGACAGAAGUGAUCUAUAUCGCGCCUCUGGCCUCAUCUCCUCAUCAAAUUACCGAAGUGCCUAGCGCCAUGUCAGGAGCUUUCCAAGACAGCACCACCGCGAGAUACUUCAGGGCUGGCGGGCCAAACCUCUGCGAGGCACCCUAUAACUACCGCAGCCUCCCAAGCGAGCAUAUCCCUCAUGGCGAUGUUAAGCGUAUCCUCUAUAAUCGCAACAUACGGUUCUUGACGACAUCGUUUGUGGAAUGCACACCAAGCUACGACGACAUAGCAGAGCCAACUCAAGCAUUACAAGUUCUAGCUCACCGGCCAGAGAACGACACUCGAGAGAACUGGCAGCAUGCAGCACGAGAAAUACAGGCUCUUCUUCGCAACCAUGAUCUCGACAAUAUCACGGUGGAUAUUAUUGAUUGGUGUUUCGCGCAGGGCCCCCCAAUCUACCCAUGCAAGUCGAGCGAUGCAAUCUUUCCAAAGUGGGACGCGGUUCGCAAUCGAAUUUUGCAAGUGGUGGUUGAUGUGUCUGGGUUUCAGCUUCUCGGGUGUUAUCGGAUCGGAUAUGAUUGUGAUGCUGAGAACAGCACCCCUUCUGUCCUAGUCACGGUCGACCCGAAACACAAGCGAGACUGGAGCAUUGUUGAGAAGGAUAUCAGGGAUAUCCUGAAUGGGUUUGACCUUCAUAUGGUCGAUGUGCGCAUCUUCAAGGAUCGUGAUAUUUUCUGUGCCAGCCGAUCAUCGGCCGGAAGGCAAAGUAUCUGCCCUAUACCUCCUCCUGUUGAAGACGAAUGCCCCAUGGCGGUGACCAUUGGAAGUGAUUUGGGUGCUCACAAUAGCGAGCGUUAUGGUACCUUCGGUGGGUGGCUCGAUCUACAACAGAAGUCUGGCUCUGAAUGGCAGCAAUUUGGUGUGACCUGCCGCCAUUGCGUGCUUGGUCACGCCUUCAAAGGCCUUCGUAUCUUCGAGAAGAAGGAUGAAGCGCUAAACCAUAUGGAAGUGAUGGCAGAGGAUCCCAACAAUUCGACUCCUCAUGCUACUGAGUCCCCCUCACCAGGAAAGGUGGACUACGAGAAACACGGAGGCGUUCCGCGCUCUGGAGGAGAUGGAAGCGGAAGCGAACCUCCACGGGGAUCUAGCAAAAAAUGGGAAUGCCUGAGGGAGAGACUUAGCCGCCUAGAAAACCAUCUUGCAGAGCUAGAGGCCUACAAACGAGCAAACAGCUAUGAGUUUGGCGAGGUCUGGGCUGACUCUGGUGAUGAUACUCGAAGCACGACGACAAUUAUGGACUGGGCACUCUUGAAACCCCAUCCAAGUCGCGCAUUUCCGUUCAAUGAGUUUCGGUCAUUCAAAGCUCUCGGAAGGUAUCAACCUAUAGGAAGUACCGGAUAUAUCCAAGCCGGUAUUGAGCUGUCCAACGAGCAGCAGCUUGCAAAAUAUGGUUUCCAAACAGGGGUGACCCGGGGAAAGUAUAACGAACUUGCAACUACAGUUUUCACGGUUUCAAAAACCGGUGAAAUACGGACGACAGAGGAACAUUCAAUUCUUUAUCAGCCAAACAUCACCUCGUUUGAACCCGGUGACUCCGGCUCACUUGUGUACGACACGAGUGGCUGCAUAGCAGGACUGGCCUUUGGUGCCCAAAUGUCGGGCCGGAUUGUCGUUUUUACCCACAUUGACAGCUUGAUUGCUGACAUCAAGGGCCAGACUGGAGCUGAACAAGUCAUCUUUUAUGGACAGAAACAGCCAACAGAGGCAUACGACGAAGAUCUAAGCUAA